AUGGGGCUUGUUGACUAUGACUUUACAACUAUUAUGCAGACAAAGCAUAGCAACAAGCAAUUAUUUUCUGUAGAACACGUGAAAUGCCUAAUGACGAAGUUGUUGUUGAAGGUGGUACAACACCUUCAUGACCAUCACGUGAUGCAUCGUGACCUCAAAACAAGCAAUAUCUUGCUAUCCAACAAAGGUGUACUGAAAGUGGCAGAUUUCGGGAUGGUCCGGGAAUAUGAAUUCCAUCCUCAGCAAUAUACGCCAGCCGUAGUUACGCGCUGGUACCGUGAGCCUGAAAUACUACUGCUGGUGAAAGAAUACUCCUCUCCUGUCGACAUUUGGAGUAUCGAUUGCAUCUUCGCGGAAUUGAUUAAAUUGCGGCCAUUGUUUCCCGACAAUCUCUUGAUAACAUUGCGACCACUGUUUCUUGGAAAUUCUAAAUGUGAUCAGAUAUUCAGAAUCUUCGAGGGUUUGGGAACACCUACAGACACAACUUGGCCCGGCUACAGUGAAUUACCUGUAGGUAAAAUAACGUUUAAAAAUCAUCCAACAGGCCGACUGCGGGAAACAAUGAAUAAUCGACUUUCAGACGAUGGGCUAUCCUUACUGCAAGACUUUUUGCUGUAUGAUCAAGCGGCAAGAGUGACAGCAGACGCCGCUUUGAAUCAUCCGUAUUUCGAAGAAGAGCCGGUGGCGAUGGAGCCCGCCAUGUUCCUGCCAUCGCUGUGGGCAGAGUACGUCGAGCAGAACUCCAACUCUGACACGGGAGAGGACACGCAGUAA